AUGGCCAGCUCUACCGACGAGUCGUCCGACUACGACUCUGGCCCCCGCAGCCGAAUGGAAGACUACCACGCGGCGCACAGCGGACGAGGUGCGCAUGCGCCCGCGACUCCAGGAACUGAGGGAGACAAGGAGGACCUGUUUCUCAACAUCGCCGCAGACAGUGCGCCCAAGCCCCAACGCCCAGCAGAGUCGUCAACAGCGCGCGUCGAUCGAUUGAAGUCACGAGUGGCCCGAGUCAACAACCGGCAGUCGCUCCCGUCUGCACUGCAGUCGCCCUCGCCCGUACAGUCCGCCUCAGUGACGCCAACGACGAGCCGCAUACCCUCCGCUGUUGCUUUGGAAGCCCGGUCGAGCGGCAUCCGCCGGUCAUCGCUCUUGCCUACUCCCUCCAGAUACGAGCGAUCCCCAAACUCGCCUGCGCCCGACGCAAUACGAACCCGGGACCUCAACCACAAAGCCUCCUUCACCUCAUCACGAAGGGACGCGGAGCUCUCACCACGCGAUUUCCUCGCCCAGUUCUCAACCUCGUCCAGACGCCCAUCUCAGCCUGAGGUGCAACACACGCCACCAAGUCGUACCCCAGCCUAUCCUUAUCGACCGUCAAACCUGUCACAUGAGCCACGAACGCCCCAGGUGGAGACGUCGUUUGAGGCUGCCUCACGCGCCGACGGUACCGAGUCACAUGGCUCUACGGGGCCCGCCGCGUCUGUGUGGGACGAGCUGGACGAGUUGAAGUCCAGGAUACGGAAGAUCGAAAUGGGCGGCAAGAUACCGUCGACAUCGGGCGCCAUCGUCUCUCAAGCUUCGGCUGAUCGUCCACGAACGGCCAACACUUCAGCUACGACAGUGUCCUCUUCACCAAACCAGCAGCGUAAAUCGAACCCGUCGCCUUCCGAGUCGACAGUGGGCAGUCAUACACCUAGUAGCAGCAAGACUCAUCCUCUGUUGCGGGAUGCUCUCGGCAAAGCUAGACAGCAUGUCUCCCCAUCAGUGUACCGCACCCUGGAAUCAACCGCAACAGAAGCACUUGCAUUGGCGGAGAUGAGCGGCAGUGCGGGACCACAGGGCACACUUCACUCUGCUAGUUCCAUCAUCAACGGCUCUGUCGUAUCAGAUCGCCAGGUUCGUCGCAAAGCCGACAACCUCUGUCGCAGCCUCACUGAGCUAUGCAUAGCUCUGUGCGAGACCAAGACCGGUCUUGCCAGUCCAGCCUUCCGAUCAAAUACAGCCACAAUAUCGCGUAGGCCAAGUGUACAGAUCAACGGUGAUUCGCCGACAAUCCGACAGAGUAUCGAACCUGAAAGCAACACAUUAUCUGGCAUCAGCCCCAGCAGGGCCAUGUCACGCAUCGAGGCUCGGAGAUCCAGUAUGCUUGUUGCUGAACCCAAUGGAAGCCAGCGAGGAAACAGCCAGGAACCUUACGAAGACAGACACACUCCAUCACGCAUGCAGCGAGCAGGUACAAGUUUUCACCAAACACGCAAUAGCGUGGAUGAAGAAGACGAGGAUCCAAUAUUUCGUGCGCCAUCUCGUGCCAUGACUUCGAUCGACUUUAGAGCCCGUCAUGGUGGUCAAGCAGAUAAAAACCGGUUCAGCAGACAGUACACAUCUCGCGAGCCAAUGCCUGACCUACAGCCAUCACCUGCUCUUCAAACCACUGCCAGUCUGCGUCGGCCCAGCGUCUCAAGUAGUACGCCCUCGAAUGAGCAUAGUCUACUAUUCCGCGACGGUCAGAGCCGCUACGGUCACAAUCUAGGUCGCGAAGGUUCGCCAGCCAACUACGAGAAGACCUUGACGGGAGGAUUACGACCACGAGCGCAACUGAACGUCGCCCGGAAUCCGAACAACAGACACUCGGUUGGUGGUGUUUCGGACAUUGGGCGUAGCGUGAGCUUGGGCAGACGGCUAAGGGGAACAAGUAUCGGAGAGUGA